AUGUCAUCCAAGGAACUCGUCCCACUCUUCCCAUCUGCUCUUCAUCCCGCUCUGCCUAUCGCUUCGCAGAUUCUAUCGACUCUGCGAAAUCUCACAGCACCAGGACGAGGGAACGAUCUCCCUCCAGAAGAGAGAGCUGCCCUAGUGGGGAUCUCCGCUUUGCUAGGGUGCGAGAGGGUCCAGAGUAAGGACCUCGUGGAGUCCUCGGCUCAGAAAGCUUCGUCUGUCUCUCCCGCGAGGUUCAAGUCGGCCCUCUUGAAAUCUCGGAGGAUCCUCGAAUCGGCCUCUGUGGGUGAUCCAUCGUUAGAUGCAUCGACUUCUCGACGAGGUUCAUCAGCUAGCCCUUCCACUAGGUCCACAAGGUCAACUCGGAGUCAUGCAGAUCAGGCAGACGCCGACCAAGUCGCGAACACUGGCGAGAAAAGAGGAUCUGGACCUAGUCCAUUUUCGACACCUCGAAAGCGAUUCAAGUAUUCGUCGGGAAUAGACAUAUCAGGUUUAGUCAAGGGCGGUCUUGCUGGAGGAGGUAGUCCUCCGAACACGCCAAAACAUCAACAUGAGCCUUCUACAGGUUCCCCAUUGAGACAGAGCGUUACUCCAAGUUCGAGGCGAGUGAGAAGUGCGCUCAGAGGCGGCAGAGUCACGGAAAAGAAGAAUGAUGAGGAAGAUGGUGUUGUGAAGGAAGAUGAGAUACGGGCGGGUUCUGAAGCUGAAGCUGCAAUGAUCGACGAAGACGCAAUGGAAGUAGAUGGUCAGGAGGAGAGAACACCGACGAAGCGGGUCAAAUUCGGUGUUCGCCAAGGUGUGGAUCUAGCCAUUGCGACAGAAGAGCUGGAUGAGACGCCUCGGACCAGAUCGAAACGGUUAGAUACCUCGGCAUUCUUCGCCCUCAGACCAGGCGCCUCACCGUCGGGUUCGACAGCCAGAUCACUAAGGAAUGCGCAGACGUCAUCCGGGAUGAAGAGCAGAUCUAUACCUGUAGAAGAUGGAUUACCGGAAAUUCGAGCUCCUAGAGCCAAUCGGUCGACAACGACGAGUCAGAAGCUGAAGAGGCGGAAGAGGGAUUGGACGUAUGCCGAACGUAUAUGGGGGUUGCAGACAGAUGAGAGCAGAGAGGCGAUUCGCAAGUUUGUCGACGGUCUACCAGCUUGGCUUGAAGCGCAUGGCAGACCGAGCCUGGAUGAGACUGCCGUUAGCGGUGAGACGAUUGAGAAUGUGCUUCUGUCCGCUUCAAACAAAUAG